ACAAAGAGAGGAGAAGUUUCUUUCUUGUAAGGCCUUCCCCCUUUCUUCAUUUCCUCUGUUUUCUCGUAUGAAAAUUUCAUUCAAUUAAAAAAAAAACCCGAUAUUCUUUCUAAGUAGCGUUUUUAGAGUGAAACAAUCUCGUAAGUUGAGAAAAAAAAACUCUCUUCCUCCUCCGUUUUGUACUUUUUUUUUGUUUCCGCCAUGCAAAUGGAUACGUCUAAGCCCCAGAAGGUUAAAACGAGGAAGACAAAGGUGGUGGUGACGAGGAAAUCAACGGCUCAGAUUCUCUCGAGUUUGUUUUUUCGGACAAUCGAGAUAACCGUUGUCAUCGUUACAGUGGCAAAACUCUUCAACCAGAUCGUUGUCACGGUCGAGAAUCAUGGAGAACAUUUCAAGGGUUUGUCCUCUGUACUCUCCAAUCGUCAUUUAGCGUUCAUCACCGGAAACGCUAUAGUCAUCGCACUUUUAGCCAAAUCCGGUCGGUUCCCAUAUCAAGAAUCAAGAACGAGAAACGAUUUUUACGAGGAGUUUGUUCGAGAGAGCAGGAGGGAAGAGGGGAACUCCUCGUGCGACCAGACGAGAAACAGAGUAAAGGGCACGACUGAAAUCACCACAGGACAGAGCGUGGCUGUCGAAAAGCAGAGACAAGCCAUGAGAGAUAACGAUGGAGGAGUAACUGAGAACACAGUCGAGAACAGACCCAGAAAGAACAGUGGUGAAAACCGGACAAGACGGAGGAAGAGUUACGCGAGAAACCGGUCGGAGAAUUUGGAGCAUGGAAAGAUUUCUCGUCGAAAAUUGAAGAGGUCGGAGACUGAGUGGUUUCUCGACAGUGUGGAUUCGGAGGAGAGAACAAGAGAUAUGAGCGAAGAGAUGAGUGACGAUGAACUCCAAUUCAAGAUCGAGUCUUUCAUCGCCAGGCAGAGAAGGAAUCAUCAAACGGAUGAAGAGUUUUGUAUUACGUAGGCAAAAAAAAAAAAGAUGUAUUAAAUGUUUUUUUUAUAUAUUUCAUAAAUUAGUAUGCGCAUAUAUGUGUGUGUAUACAUGUGAAAUAAUGCUUCAAAGUAGUUAGCACAACUUUUGACUCUGUUCCUUUUGUAUAAUUUUGGUGAUUCUAGAAACUAUCAACUAUUUUUUGUGAUAUUUAAA